GGCUGCCGCGCCGGGGGAGGAGAAAGAAGCGGAGGAGGCGGCUCUCGCGCUCGCAGGGCCGUGCCACCUGCCCGCUCGCUCGCCGCCGUCGCGCUCCCUAUCGCCAACAUGCUGCCGAGACUGAGCGGCUUCGCGCUGCCGCUGCUGCUGUCGCCGCUGCUGCUGCUCCUGGGCGCGGGCGGCGGUGGCUGCGGGGCGCGCGCGGAGGUGCUAUUCCGCUGCCCGCCCUGCACGCCCGAGCGCCUGGCCGCCUGCGGGCCCCCGCCUGCCGCGCCGCCCGCCGCGGUGGCCGGGGCGGCCGCCGGCCCUCGUGCGCCCUGCGCCGAGCUCGUCCGGGAGCCGGGCUGCGGCUGCUGCUCGGUGUGCGCCCGGCUGGAGGGCGAGGCGUGCGGCGUCUACACCCCGCGCUGCGCCCAGGGGCUGCGCUGCUAUCCCCACCCGGGCUCCGAGCUGCCCCUGCAGGCGCUGGUCAUGGGCGAGGGCACUUGCGAAAAGCGCCGGGACGCCGAGUACGGCGCCAGCCCCGAGCAGGUUGCAGACAAUGGCGAUGACCACUCCGAGGGAGGCCUGGUGGAGAACCACGUGGACGGGACCAUGAACAUGCUGGGGGGCGGAGGCAGUGCCGGCCGGAAGCCCCUCAAGUCGGGCAUGAAGGAGCUGGCCGUGUUCCGGGAGAAGGUCACGGAGCAGCACCGGCAGAUGGGCAAGGGCGGCAAGCACCACCUCGGCCUGGAGGAGCCCAAGAAGCUGCGGCCGCCGCCGGCCAGGACCCCCUGCCAGCAGGAAUUGGACCAGGUCCUGGAGCGGAUCUCCACCAUGCGCCUUCCAGACGAGCGGGGCCCUCUGGAGCACCUCUACUCCCUGCACAUCCCCAACUGUGACAAGCAUGGCCUGUACAACCUCAAACAGUGCAAGAUGUCUCUGAAUGGGCAGCGUGGGGAGUGCUGGUGUGUGAACCCCAACACCGGGAAGCUGAUCCAGGGAGCCCCCACUAUCCGGGGGGACCCUGAGUGUCAUCUCUUCUACAACGAGCAGCAGGAGGCUCGCGGGGUGCACACCCAGCGGGUGCAGUAAACCACAGCCAGCCGGUGCCUGGCCCUCGCCCCACCCCCUCUCCAGACACCGGCAGAAAACGGAGAGAGCUUGGGUGGUGGGUGGUGGGGGACCUUCCAGGAGUCUUGACCUGUGUAUUUAUAUUGGCAAGAGACCAGCACCGAGCUCGGCACCCUCCCCUGCCCCGCCCUCUCAGCUGGAGAUGCCUGCACCCCCCCCUUCUUACUUCCCCCUGAGGAGGAAGGGGGUUGCCGUAGGGGAGCUGGGGUAAAGCUUUGGGAGGGGGGAAAAAGAAAUUUUUAUUUUUGAACCCCUGUGUCUCUUUUGCUUAAAAUUAAAGGAAGGAAAAA